GACACAGUCAAACUAUAUAUUUCCUAUCUCUGAAGUCACAACAAAAAAGGUCCCACCAUGGCAACAGAACGGGACAAGCGAGUCCUCAACUCCAUCUUUAAUCCGAACCUUCCUUUUGGAGACGUCGUGGAAGACGAACAAGAAAGCGAGGAGCAAGAAGGACUAGAAGACAACGAGGCAGUAAAAGAGGCGAAGCGUUUGGAGCUUCUGGCUGUGCAGAGUGCAGAGAACGGGGACGUUGACCAGGCACUGGACCUGUUUAACCAGGCCGUGGGGGUGGCACCAGACUGGGCGUCUGGGUAUAACAACAGAGCACAGGCACUCAGGCUCAAGGGAGAUGUCCUAGGUGCCCUGGACGACUUGAACAAAGCCAUUAACCUGAGCCAGGGAAAAGGCAAGGCGGCGUGUCAGGCCUUCACUCAGAGGGGACUUAUUCACAGGUUGGAAGGCCGAGACGAGGCAGCCUUGGAUGACUUUAAGAAAGCGGCGUGCUUGGGGAGUGAGUUUGCGAAGACUCAAGUGGUUGCCAUGAACCCCUACGCUGCUCUAUGUAACCAGAUGCUGAGGGAAGUCAUCGGAAAACUGAAGAGAGGGGAGGCUGAUGAGGAAUAAGUAACUACACAGCUCUGCUCUGGACUUUUUAAACAGAGAUUUCCCUAAAGAAUGGAAAUGUGACUGUUUGAUAGUACUAGUGGGGUUUUGUGACUGGAUAGGAUGCCAUUCUAGAUGAGAUGUAAAGCUCAAACAUCCCAACAAGACUUUCAAUGAAAACAUACAUUGCCAUGGCGACAGUGAUUGCUGUUAGGGUUAUUGUUUGCAUGGCACUGCCAUGAUUUCAUGAUUUUGAGGAAGAUUUGGUACAUGUUAAGUCUAGACAGAUACAGUCCACUCCUCCCCUGAGUGUAUAGUGAACGAGCCCCGGUGUCACAGAAAGUAGGGCCAUCCGGGGCAGAGAGGUCUUCCCAAGGGUUUCAAGGAAUAUGGGCAUAGAUGUGGGUCAGAGAAAUGCCUGUGGACAUUCCGCAUGCCUGUAGAUAAAAUGCCUGUACCAUUCCUAGAAUUCUUGCAAACUGCACACAAUACUGUACCAUUAGGCUCCUCCCUGAGACGUCGCCAAAAAGUGUAUGUUUGAAAAAAAAGGUAUAAAUGCUGGAGAUUGCACCCCUGUAAAACGGUCACUGUGUCCCGUAUCCUGGUGUCCAAACCAUAAUCAGCUGCAGAGUCUUAUGUUAGUAAGGUCAAAAAGUUACCGAAAAUCUGUACCCUGACACAGUUUCCAAGAUUUCCUUCUUGCCCUAAGUUUAUAUGAUGUCCUUUUGCUGAUCAUGAUUCAGGUUUUACGACUGAUAAUUAAAAUGUCUGUGAGACAAGAAAAUUAAUUGAUGUGGCGUUGUGUUAAGUUUUAUUUUCCAGUUGAGCAGCCCUUAAUACACAAAGUUGCAGACACACAUAAUAUUUUAAACAUCCAUAUAAAUAUAUUCAACCUACAACAGCAUAAAAUUCAUGCAUUUCUGUAUCAAACACUCUCAUGAUAUGUCUCAAGUCACACAUGCCCUUUCUGUCCAUGCUAUGCCAUUUGGUAAUUCAAAAAACUAUUUUUGGUUACUGAAAGCCAUAUUUUUUACAUUCUAAAAUGUUUGAUAUACUCUGACAUCAAUUUCUACAGCUUCGAUAAAACGUUUAUCAAAUGUUUUCUUUGACUAAAGCAGAAAAACUACUCAAGAGUAAUGACAAAGCUGCCUCUAAUGUUUGGACCCUAACCUGUACAAUGUUUCUUCUUCACUAAAAAAAGCUCCAUAAAGGAAAAAAAAAGAAAUAGCAGCUCCUUGGUUAUUUGUUCCUCCUUCCAUUGGAAUAUUUCACACUUUCUUAAUUGCGCAAGUCUGGACACUUGGACAUUGGGUGGAUAUUCAGUCAAGUUACAGAAAGGUGAGAAGUUGUCCAUGAAUUUGUUCCUGCAAUCAUGUCACUGUAAAAUUCAGCCAUGACACAGGGUUGAAUGUAAUGAACAUGCGUGUCUUAAUUAUAACAUGAUUGAAACUCUU